AUGGACUCCGACGACGACUUCAACAGCUCCAUGAGCGGCGACGACUUCGACGACCAGGACAGCGAUCUGGGCCUGGAAGAGGACUCGGACUUUGACAUGGAGCAAGAUGACGUCGGCUUUGAGACGCAAGACAAGGACAUCAAGCCCACCAAGCAGGCCUUCGAAGUAGACUUCAAAGUCUUUGAUCCUGCCCAGAUCCAAGCACAGCAAGACAAGCAGAUCGACGAGGUUGCGAGCAUCCUCGGCCAACCACCAGAGGCCGCUGCCAUCCUCCUCCGCCACCUGCGAUGGAACAAGGAACGUUUGAUCGACCAAUACAUGGAGAAGACGGAUGAGGUCCUCGAGACAGCAGGCCUGGGUCAGGACUCCACCACCAAUCCGCCCAAGGUCGAGCAGAUACCAGGUUUUGUCUGCGACAUCUGCUGCGACGAUGACAAGGACCUGCGGACGUUUGCCAUGAAGUGUGGGCACAGGUUCUGCUUGGACUGCUACAGGCAAUACCUCGGCACCAAGAUUCAAGAUGAGGGAGAGGCUGCCCGGAUACGCUGCCCCGGAGAGGGCUGCACCCGGAUAGUCGACUCGAAAUCGCUAGACCUUCUCGUUACAGCAGAUCUCCAAGACAGAUACCACACCCUCCUCACACGAACCUACGUCGACGAUAAAGAAAACCUCAAGUGGUGCCCCGCCCCCGAUUGCAAAUACGCCGUGGAAUGUCCGGUAAAGAGCAAGGAUCUCACCAAGAUCGUGCCCACGGUGCACUGCGAGUGCGGACACGACUUCUGCUUUGGAUGCACGCUGAACAACCACCAACCCGCACCUUGCGCUCUAGUGAAGAGAUGGGUCAAGAAGUGCGAGGACGACUCGGAGACAGCCAACUGGAUAUCGGCCAACACAAAGGAAUGCCCAAACUGUAACUCCACCAUUGAGAAGAAUGGAGGGUGCAAUCACAUGACAUGCAGGAAAUGUCGCAACGAGUUCUGCUGGAUGUGUAUGGGCAAGUGGUCGGAGCACGGCACGAGCUGGUACAAUUGCAACCGUUUCGAGGAGAAGAGCGGAUCGGAAGCCCGCGAUGCGCAGGCCAAGUCCCGGCAGUCGCUCGAACGAUACCUUCAUUACUACAACCGCUUUGCCAACCACGAACAAUCGGCUAAGCUAGACAAAGACCUCUACCUCAAGACGGAAAAGAAGAUGCAGCAACUGCAGAACUCGUCGGGCAUGUCAUGGAUUGAGGUGCAGUUCCUGGACCAAGCUUCACAUGCGCUUCAGCAGUGCCGACAGGUACUCAAAUGGACCUACGCUUUUGCUUACUACCUUGCACGAAACAAUCUCACAGAGAUUUUCGAGGACAACCAAAAGGACCUGGAAAUGGCCGUCGAGAAUCUCAGCGAGAUGUUCGAGAAGCCAAUCGAUCAGCUGAAGGACCUCAAGGUCGAUAUCCUUGACAAGACUUCAUACUGCACCAAGAGAAGGAUAAUUGUCCUCAAUGACACAGCGGAGAACCUGAAGCUCGGCACCUGGAAGUUUAACGUAGACUUGGUGUAG